GCCGGGGGCCGGUGGCGGUCCCCAGCUUCCGGCUGUGCGGCCCGCGGGCCGGCCCCCUCCCCGCCCCGGGGCCCCUCCCCGCCUGGUUGUGUAACCGUCCCCAGCCCCCCCUCUCCGUGGCCCCCUGCCCGGGGGGGGGGUCACCCUCCGGGUGCUCCCCGGGAAGGGCGGCGGCCGGGACGGCCUCGCAGCACAGGCGAGCCCGGGGAUGCACGGCCUAGUGCAGGCCGGGCCCGGGCGUGGGGGAGGCGGGCGGGCGGACCCAGAUCCGGGGUAAUUUGCAUCGCCCUCCCCCCAGCCCGGGUGGGGAUUGGCCGCCGGCGGCGGGGGGUGGCGCGGGGCCAGGCUCACUGCCGCCUCCCGGCCCCUCGGAGGGAGCCAGCCCAGCCGCAGCCGCCGCCGCCACCGCCGCCGCCGGGGCUGGGCCCCCUCGCCGCUGCCCCGGGAAGGAGGUCUCGGCGCGGAAGAUGGCCGGCGGCGUGGACGGCCCCAUCGGGAUCCCGUUCCCUGACCACAGCAGUGACAUCCUGAGUGGGCUCAAUGAGCAGCGGACGCAAGGCCUGCUGUGCGACGUGGUGAUCCUGGUGGAGGGCCGUGAGUUCCCCACGCACCGCUCGGUGCUGGCGGCCUGCAGCCAGUACUUCAAGAAGCUGUUCACGUCGGGCGCCGUGGUGGACCAGCAGAACGUGUACGAGAUCGACUUCGUCAGCGCCGAGGCGCUCACAGCCCUCAUGGACUUCGCCUACACAGCCACACUCACCGUCAGCACGGCCAACGUGGGCGACAUCCUCAGUGCCGCCCGUCUGCUUGAGAUCCCUGCCGUGAGCCACGUCUGCGCCGACCUCCUUGACCGGCAGAUCCUGGCAGCCGACGCGGGCGCCGAUGCCGGGCAGCUGGACCUCGUAGAUCAAAUUGAUCAGCGAAACCUUCUCCGCGCCAAGGAGUACCUCGAAUUCUUCCAGAGCAACCCCAUGAAUAGCCUGCCCCCCGCGGCGGCCGCCGCUGCUGCCGCCAAUUUCCCGUGGUCCGCCUUUGGCACAUCUGAAGAAGACCUGGACGCCACCAAGGAGGCAGUGGCUGCUGCUGUGGCUGCCGUGGCCGCAGGCGACUGCAAUGGCUUGGACUUCUAUGGGCCAGGCCCUCCGGCUGAGCGGCCCUCAGCUGGGGAUGGGGACGAGGGCGACAGCAACCCGGGCCUGUGGCCAGAGCGGGACGAGGAUGCCCCUGCCGGGGGCCUCUUUCCAACCCCUGUGGCCUCAUCGGCUGCCACCACACAGAAUGGCCACUAUGGCCGGGGUGGGGAGGAGGAGGUGGCCUCACUGUCAGAGGCGGCCCCGGAGCCAGGCGACUCUCCGGGCUUCCUGUCAGGCACGGCCGAGGGUGAGGACGCGGACGGCACUGAUGCCGAUGGGCUGGCAGCCAGCACGCUGCUCCAACAGAUGAUGUCGUCAGUGGGCCGGGCAGGGGCAGCGGCAGCGGGGGACAGCGACGAGGAGUCGCGGGCGGACGACAAGGGCGUCGUGGACUACUACCUGAAGUACUUCAGCAGCACCCAUGACGGCGACUUCUACCCGGCCUGGUCACAGAAGGUGGAGAAGAAGAUCCGGGCCAAGGCCUUCCAGAAGUGUCCCAUCUGCGAGAAGGUCAUUCAGGGCGCUGGCAAGCUACCGCGGCACAUCCGGACCCAUACUGGCGAGAAGCCCUACGAAUGCAACAUCUGCAAGGUCCGAUUCACCAGGCAGGACAAGCUCAAGGUGCACAUGAGGAAGCACACAGGUGAGAAGCCGUACCUGUGCCAGCAGUGCGGGGCGGCCUUCGCCCAUAACUACGACCUGAAAAACCACAUGCGUGUGCACACUGGCCUGCGGCCCUACCAGUGCGACAGCUGCUGCAAGACCUUCGUCCGCUCUGACCACCUGCACAGACACCUCAAGAAGGACGGCUGCAACGGCGUCCCCUCGCGCCGUGGCCGCAAGCCCCGUGUCCGGGGCGGGGGGCUCGGGGGACCUGACCCCAGCCCCGGGGCCACUGCGCCGCCCUGCACCCCGGCCCCACCCGGCUCCCCAGAGGCCCGGCGUAAUGGCCAGGAGAAGCACUUUAAGGACGAGGACGAGGACGAGGAGGAGACCAGCCCCGAUGGCCUGAGCAGGUUGAAUGUAGCGGGUGCUGGCGGAGGGGGUGGCGAUGGGGCCACUGGGGCCCCCGCUGACGGCAGCUUCGCGGCCGGACUCGCCUGAAAACCAAAAAGAGAAAACAGAAACCCGAGAGAAAGAGAGAGAAAAAAUCACCCACCACCCCCCAAAAAACACAAAAAAAAGAAAAUCUAUCUAUAUACAGAUAUCUAUAUCGAUAUAUAUAUAUACAGAUAUAUAUAUAUAUAUAUAUAUAUAUGAAGUGUCACAGAAUCUAGGAUAGUGCUUUUCUCAGAUUUUUCUCUUUCAUGAUGUUCUCUCCCUCCACAGGGACACUUGCAACGCCCCCGCCCAGCUCCCCUUCCCGCACCCCAUUGAUGGGUUUCGGGGCCUUGUUUGGGGUUUUUGUGGGACACAAGGAUUCUGAGCCCCCCCCAGGUGACCCCGGCAUGGGGUCUGGGGUCCCAUCCAAGGCCUGGUCAGGGCCCCAGACCCCAGGCAGGGGUGAGGGCGGCUGAGGGGGACUCGGGACUGGGGUGGGCUUUAGUUUUCCUCCCCUCGCUGGUUUCUAUGAGUCUUUUAGAUAAGACCUUAAAUGAUUUCUGUCCACCGUGAGUGGACAUUAAAAUGGCCCCCAUCCCCACCCCCACCCUCCUUCCUCAGGGCACUUAUUAAGUGGGGGUCUCCCCACUCGAUCUCCCCAAUGGCCUCCCACCUCCCAUCCCUGCCUGUGGUCCCUGUAUCUCCUGGCCAUUGCUACACAAAUCUGUUUAUUUCCAGGUGUGGAGAAAGGGGAGAAGACAGGGGAACAGGGGGACCAGGAUGAUUCCCAGGGGUUCCCUCCGCUUCCUUCAUGGCACUUAAACAACCUGGCGGGGCACCCAAGGGCCACUGCUCAGAGCACCCCCGCCACUCCAGUCUGUGUCCCUUGACUCAGGCCACCCAGACCCCUAUGAGACAUUUGGAGAUCCAAAACUUGUCUUCACCCUCUCUCUUCACCUCUCCCCUUAGCCCUGUCCCAAUUUUUUAAAGCACUUUUUAGAUUGUUUUUCCCUCCUUAAAAACAAAAAAAAUAUAUAUAUUUAUAUAUAUAUAUAUAUAUAUAUAUAUAUAUACACAGAAAAUAUUUUUCCUCAGAGGAGCAGACAAUAGUGUGGGGUGAAAUGGCCAAGGGCAGAGGGAACCCAGGGUCUCAUGGUGGCAGGGAUGAGGGGGAGAGGAGUCCAGAAGUUCCAGUGUCACAAAAGCAAUAAAAACAAGAUUUUACAAAACGAAAGGAAAAAAAAAAAGACAACCAACCACAAAUAGAAGUCUUGGCACUUUGUAACAGAACGGGUACUAUACUUUAUCUUAAUUUAAAAACAUGUUUACAAGUUGCAACUUCUAUGAAAAGUCGAAAAGACAAAAAAAAAUAAAAGAGCGAGAGAGCGAGCGAGAGCGAGCGAGAGAGAGAGAGCAAAAAGAAAUUCCUAAAAGCCGAUUUAUUUUUGUACAAAAUAAUAAAAAAAAAAACCCACCACCAGACGUAGAAUCCACUUCUGUUCCCGGAGGUGAGAAGGGGGUCAGGAAGGCCACGGGUGAGGGCAGGGUCUUCUGAGGGAAUUUGUGCUUCACCACUGGGGCUUUGCCUGGCAGGCAGGACUGUGGGAUUUUUGUGUUUCUGCCAUGUCCCCCACUCCCAUUCUGUCCCUUUUUUAAUUCUGAUUUAGAGAUGUCUCAUCACCCACUAGCCAUACAAUGGCCACCCAUGUCUGUGGGGACCCUCUUUACUGACUCCCCAGCUCAGGGAUGGGCCCAAGAGAGGGCUGGCCUUCCAACCAGCCAGAGCAAUCCAGUCCCCCCAACCUGGUCCCCUAUCCUGUCACCCCACCCUUGCCCAUUUCAGGGCUUCCCGCCCUCCAACAUGGCCGCCCUUCCUUGUGGCCACUGAGGAGCUGCCAUCUUGGAUAUGCCAUCCCUGUUGAGGUGGGUGACAGGGGUCCCCACCUCGAGGGCCUUACACCCCCCAGGCACCCCUCUUUUUACUCAAAGGCACUGACUGUCAUCUGGGGGCUUGCACCAGCCUCCCCCAGCCUCUGGCUCCCCAAAGGCCCAGUGUUGACCGAGCCACAGGCCACGGACAGGCCAGGGCAGGGGAGACCAUGUUGCCAGAGGCCAGGGCACCCUCACCCCAACUCCCUCUUGCAUAUGCAAUGCCUAGUGUGGGACCCUGUAUAUAAACACUGCUGAGCUGAGUUCCUUCCUAGUCAUAGCCCGAGGUAGGGGGUGCCCCUGCUCCCCCGUCCUGCUGCUGGCCCAUCUCCUGGUACCCCUUUGCUCUGUGACAAACCCCGUCUUCUCAUCUUUUUCAUUUUCUUUUUUUUAAAGGGAAACUUUUUCAGAAGGCAACUUUUAUCAUUGUUUCUAUAGGAUAGUUUUCAUCUCCUCCUGGUUCCCCCCCAGCCCGUCAGCCCCCCAAAUGUCUCAGGACACCCCCUCCUGAGGGGGGUGGCAGGGGAGCCCAGGGCCGGGUGGCCUCGUUCACACCCCAGAGUCACGUGGCGAGCUCUUUCAGAGAACCACCUGUGGAGGCCCAGCAGAGAGUUCGAGCAUCCAGGCCAGGGACCCCCACCCCUCACCCCGCCCCAGCUUCCAGAGAGGUUCCCCGAGGGGACAACCUUCUCUCUCUCCCCACACACCUCCUUGCAAUAAAACCAACUGAAAAAUUACAGCUGUCGUCCUGGCCAGUAGGGGCGACUGGACUUGGGGGAAUUGAGGCCUCUGGGACUAUGGCGGGGGUAAGGGCUGAACCUCGCCGAGCACACUUUAACACAAAGCUCCUUGGGAAUUGCACUAAACCCCUGCCCCAGCUCUGCGCCCAGCUUUCGCCAGCCCUGCCCACCCACUCCGCCUUAACCCCUCUUCUGCCCGCCAGCCUGUCCCGGGGGCCACAGCGUUUGCAUGGGCCCAGAGCCGGGACCCCCGCCCACCCAGCCCAGCACCCCCAACUCCGCGCAGUCACAUACUGUAUAUAGACGUGGAUCAAUUUUAUUUUUAUUCUUUAAAUUAAGGUCGUGAUAAAGUGUUGCCAAAGAUACUGCUGAAUUCUCGCGUUUCAGGAAACAAAAAAUAUUUGAGGGGGAACGUGCUGACUGGUUGGAAAGGACACAGCAAAAAGAUUUUUUGUUUGGUUGUUUGGGUUUUUUUUUUGUGUUUUCUUUUUUGGGGUGUUUUUUUUUUUAACUGCCUGGUACAAAAAAAAAAAAAAAACAAGAAAAAAGACAAAGCGAAAUUGUUAUUUCCAUCAUCUUGGUGAAGUUGCGUGGAUGUGUGUAUGCGUGUGUGCGCGAGAGUGAGGUCCAGGCUGGGGACUUCAGGGAGGGGCUCUGGGCCGGGGGCAGUGGGCCUGGCAGGGUGGGGGGGCGUGGAGCCCCCACCUGGAGUGGUCUCCAGCCUUGGGGACUGGGAGAGAGAGAUUAACACCCUUGCUGCUGCUCCCUGCCUAGCCCCCCACCCCAACCCCAACCCCGCCUUUUGAGAUUAAGAGAAAAAAAAAAAGGCAAAAAAAAAAAAAUUAAAAACCAGUGAAUGUAAAGUGCCGGACCAGGCCCAGCCUGGCACGGUGUGGGUCUGUGCCCAGCUGGGCUCCAGUGGGCCAUACCAAAGUCUGCCCCCUCGGGUGGCCCGCCCAGGAGACCCUAUGUGGCCAUCCCGUCGUCACCCUGUUUAUACAGGGCUGUCCCUUUGCUUCCUUUUGAGGGGGGUCUUGGGUGGAGGGGAGUGUCCCCCAGCCCCCUCCCGGGUCUUCUGGGGAGUCUGCACUACUGAGACCCAUCUGCCGUGACAGGAGUGGCCACGUUGCACAUGGGCCAGGGCCCCCCUAGGACCGAGGCCAUCCAGGCAGCCAGGAUUGUAGGAGGCGAGACAGAGUGAAAGGAAAAAAAAAAAUUAAAAACCAACAAAAAAAGCAAAAAUCCUAUUUUUUGAGAAAGAAAGAUAUUUAUAUUUGCAGUUUUAUUUUAAAAAGUUAUUUAAGCUGAGGAAGCAGCCUUCCUGAAAUGGGGGUGUUGGCUGGUGCAGGACGGGUCAGGGCCUGGGGGCUCGAGCGCCCAGGAGUCAUAACCUCAGAGUUAAGACUAGCUCGCACUAAAUAUAUAGAUUUACAUGGGGGUUGGGAGCAGGGCUAGGAGAUGAGGGGGCUGGGGAGACCCCCAUCUCACGGCCGGGGUUGCCUGGAGGCCACGGCCAGGGGUCCUGAUGCCCAGAUGCCCCCCAACUCCUCCCAGGCCCAGACACAAGGUGCCUUGGACUUUGGGGGGCCAGGUCUGGUGAAUGGGGGGUCAGGGGCGGUGCCCCGGGGGCACAGAGCACAGACAUUCCAUAGACUGUAUUUGAGAGUCUUUAUAAAAUGUGGGAGAUUUAAAAAAGUCAAUUGAUAAAAAUGCACUUUUUGGGGGUGGGGGGAGAAGCUUUAAAAGUAAUAAAAACAAAAGCAAAAAGACGAAAGAUGAUGAAAAACCGGACAAAAAAAUCAUUUUUCUUGUACAUAAAAAACCACUAAACGCAGCCUGUUACGACCGCUGCCGCCUCA